AUGAGGACCUACACCACAUGCAGCGCGGUCGUGCUCGCACUCCUACUGGGCGCAACCCUCGCUAAUGCUGCAAUCCUGCAGCAGCGAGAUGUGCUGAAGACCUUCAUCGAAGCCAGAGCCAGGGCGAACGAGCACGUCAGGCCAGACACAUAUGCGGAGGAGGACACAUGGGCCGACCCGGACAGCAGCUUCAAGCACCUUCCCACCAAGUGCUCCACCCCGCCGCCCGGCACUAGGGAGGCCGACAAGAUCGCGGCGCUGCCCGGCCAGCCCCCGCGCGUCAACUUCGACCAGUACUCCGGCUACGUCACGGUGAGCGAGCAGCACGGCCGCGCGCUCUUCUACUACUUCGUCGAGUCCCCAUACGAGGCCGCCUCCAAGCCCCUCGUCCUCUGGCUCAACGGCGGGCCAGGCUGCUCGUCGCUGGGCGCCGGCGCCUUCCAAGAGCUCGGCCCGUUCCGUGUGAACCCCGACGGCAAGACCCUCAGCAGAAACAGGCACGCGUGGAACAAUGUGGCAAAUGUACUCUUCCUGGAGUCGCCAGCGGGUGUCGGGUUCUCGUACUCCAACACGUCGUCCGAGAACUACGUGAGCGGCGACAGGAGGACGGCAGUCGACGCCUACAUCUUCCUGCUCAACUGGCUAGAGAGGUUCCCCGAGUACAAGGGGCGGGACUUCUUCAUUGCCGGAGAGAGCUAUAGCGGCCACUACGUCCCUCAGCUCGCCUCUGUCAUCAUCGCCCUCCAUAAACUCGGUCUCACAAGCAUGAACCUCAAGGGGAUCUUUUGGUGAUAUGGAUGACGUUUGCCCCAUUACCGCGACGAGGUACUCUGUGAAGGAUCUCGGUUUGUCCAUCACAAACCCGUGGCGUCCAUGGUACACCCCUCAAAGCGAGAGAAAAUAAUGAAGAACAUUUCGUUCUUCUCCCUGCUUCUCUUUUGCCUGGCUGCACUGCAGCUCCACGCCGAUGCAUCCCAGAAGGAGGAUGCGCUGAGGGCCUUCAUCUCGUCCAGGAAGAAGGGCGAGAUCAGUUCCGGCACUUUCAAAGCGCGUAACAUAGGUGACAGGGUCACCAACAGCCUGGCUGCAAAGAAUAGCUCUGCAGUCUCGCACAAGGCGGCCGACAAGAUCCGGGCGUUGCCGGGCCAGCCGCAGGGCGUCGACUUCGACCAGUACGGCGGCUACGUGACCGUCGACCAGAAGAACGGCCGCGCGCUCUUCUACUACUUCGUCGAAGCACCUUCCGGUGCUGCCGAAAAGCCCCUCGUCCUGUGGCUCAACGGAGGUCCAGGAUGCUCCUCACUCGGCUACGGAGCAAUGCAAGAACUCGGCCCGUUCCGCGUAUCACAGGACAACAAAACGCUCACCAAGAACCUGAACGCAUGGAACACCGUGGCUAACGUCCUCUUCCUGGAGUCGCCCGCCGGUGUUGGGUACUCCUACUCCAACACGUCCUCCGACUACGAGCUCAGCGGAGACCAGAGAACGGCUGACGAUGCGUAUAUUUUUCUGUUGAAUUGGCUGGAGAGGUUCCCCGAAUACAAGGACCGCGCAUUCUACAUCUCCGGGGAGAGCUUCGCCGGCCACUACGUGCCAGAGCUCGCCGCCACCAUCCUGCUCCACAACACCUACAACAACAGAACCAUCGUCAAUCUCAAGGGCGUCCUGGUUGGAAAUCCGUAUCUUGACGACAACAUAAAUAUUAAGGGCAGAGUAGACUUCUUCUGGACCCAUGGUGUGAUGUCCGACGAGGUCUACAGUAACGUCACCAAGCACUGCAACUUCGACAGCGCGGUGGAGACACCCUCUUUAGAGGCGGCAUGCAACGGUGCAUUGGAUGUGUUCCAUGAAGGCGACAUCGAUGCCUACAACAUAUACGCUCCGGUUUGCCUUGAAGGGCCUAGUGGAAAGUAUUACCCAAGUGCCAAUCUUCCUGGGUAUGAUCCAUGCAGUGAGUUUCCUACCAACGCCUACCUCAAUGAUCCGGCAGUGCAGAACGCUUUCCACGCUAGACAGACAAAGUGGCAAGGCUGCUCGAACUUGAACUGGAAAGAUGCCCCGAUGUCCAUGCUCCCAACCAUCAAGUUUUUAAUCGAGAGCAAGCUUCCCGUUUGGAUAUUCAGUGGCGAUUUCGAUUCCGUGUGCCCGCUUCCGGCGACAAAACACACUGUCCUAGACCUUGCCCUCCCUGUCAUGACUCCAUGGCGCCCAUGGACAGCAAAGGAGGAGGUGGGAGGAUAUGUUCAGGAGUACGCCGGUGGAUUCACAUUUCUUACUGUGCGCGGAGCUGGCCAUAUGGUUCCAUCCUUCCAGCCUGAGAGAGCCUUGAUAGUGUUGAGCUCUUUCCUGAAUGGGGUGGCACCACCUUAG